AUGCUUCUGCAAAGUGAUGGAAAACAAAAGUUGGGUCGGAUAGUAGAAGCACCAGGCUCCAUCGAACAGAUUCAGCCAUGGGCUAUUAAGUCUGAGCCAGGUCUACAAAAGUGGGUAAAAUUAAACUGGAUCAAGGAUGGCAUCAGAUCAAACAAACCCAUUUAUCCCAUUUCUUUUAAAUUUUAUCCUUCUACAAUACAAACUUUGUCAUGGAAAGUGGAUGCCCUGAAUCCUGAUGUAAAGCAACUUCUGAAUGAAAUGCCUGGCCUUGCUGGAGUAAUUGGGGCCAUAAGACAAGCUCAAACGGGGAAUGGACUUUUGUUCGGUUGGGCUUUUGUGGCCGCUUUCAUAUAA